GUCUCGCCGAAGCGCUCCGAGUCGGAGCUGCGGCACCUGUCAGAUGAGCCUACGCAGGGCGAUGCGGAUGUACUGGCUGUCUUGCAGGACAACCUCAAGGACCAUUCCACCGACGAUUUGGUGCGGGAUGCCGAGUCCCUCCUGAAGGAGGUUAAAGACGAG